UAAAACUAUACUAUUUAAAGAGAUUUUGGUAUUGAAUUUAUAGAGCGUUUUUGUUAAUUUUCAUUUAAGGAGUCAUUGAGUUUAUCGCUUGACGUAGAAUGAAGCAGAUAAGAUUCAAAAACUAGAUGCUAACUUGAAGCACAUGAAUGUGCGCUGUAAUGUUUGUGAGUUCAUGAUGAUGAGGAAGAACUGAAGGGUUUUGAUUGGUUGGAUCUGGUUUUUGUGAGAAGAGAAAGAGAGGAGUUGUGAAGAUGGCAGGAGGGCAUAUCGGACCAGCUGGUGUGGCAAAGGAGAGGGCUGAACAAUAUCAAGGGAGGGUUACAUUUUAUGUGGUUAUUGCCUGCCUUGUGGCUGCUGUUGGUGGGGCAAUUUUUGGUUAUGAUAUCGGAAUUUCAGGAGGGGUGACAUCUAUGGAUCCAUUUCUUAAGAAAUUCUUCCCUGCUGUUUAUAAGAAAAAGGGUCUUGCACAUGAAAACAACUACUGCAAAUUCAACGAUCAAGGGCUUGCAGCAUUUACAUCUUCUCUAUACCUAGCUGGUUUGGUUGCAUCCCUAAUAGCAGCACCAGUUACGAGGAAUUACGGUCGCCGUACAAGUAUAAUUUUUGGCGGGGUCAGUUUUCUUAUAGGUUCAACAUUAAAUGCUGCAGCUGUCAACCUAGCAAUGCUCCUCUUGGGUCGGAUUAUGCUUGGCAUUGGCAUUGGUUUCGGAAAUCAGGCUGUUCCGCUAUAUCUAUCAGAGAUGGCUCCAACCCAUCUUCGAGGAGCCUUGAACAUGAUGUUUCAGUUGGCAACUACCCUGGGAAUAUUUACAGCAAACAUGAUCAAUUAUGGAACACAGAAGCUUGAAUGGGGAUGGAGGCUCUCACUUGGACUAGCUGCAUUUCCAGCUACAAUUAUGACUCUGGGAGGGCUAUUUCUUCCUGAAACACCGAACAGUUUGAUCGAAAGGGGACAUUUGGAGACAGGGAGAAAACUCUUAGAGAAAAUCAGAGGAACCACACAUGUCGACGCUGAGUUUCAAGAUAUGCUUGAUGCAAGUGAAUUGUCUAACUCUAUAAAGCAUCCUUUCAGAAACAUCCUUCAGAAAAGGAACAGGCCGCAAUUAGUUUUGGGAAUCUUCAUGCCAAUGUUUCAGAUCCUCACAGGCAUAAAUUCAAUUCUUUUCUAUGCUCCAGUGUUGUUUCAGUCCAUGGGGUUCGAGGGAAAUGCUUCUCUCUACUCCUCAGCUUUAACUGGAGCAGUUUUAGCAUCAUCAACGGUUCUUUCUAUUGCAGCUGUAGAUAGAUUAGGCCGUAGACUGUUACUUAUCACUGGUGGAAUACAAAUGAUUACAUACCAGGUAGUAGUUUCCAUAAUCUUGGGGCUAAAGCUUGGCAACAAUCAAGAGCUGUCAAAAGGCUUUUCGGUACUGGUGGUGAUUGUGAUUUGCCUGUUUGUAUUAGCUUUUGGAUGGUCAUGGGGACCUCUAGGGUGGACAGUGCCAAGUGAGAUAUUCCCAUUAGAAACGCGAUCAGCAGGACAAGGUGUCACCGUUGCUGUAAACCUUUUAUUCACAUUCAUCAUAGCGCAGAGUUUCCUUUCCCUCCUCUGCGAGCUCAAGUUCGGGAUCUUCCUGUUCUUUGCUGGAUGGAUUAUCAUAAUGACCAUAUUUGUUUUCUUCUUCCUGCCUGAAACCAAGGGAGUUCCAAUUGAAGAAAUGAUACUCCUGUGGAGAAAGCACUGGUUCUGGAAAAAGAUCAUGCCGGAUAUCCAAUACGAGCAGCCUCAAGGUACAUAAGAAUGAAAACAGCAGAAGCAGGUUGAGCUAGCUUCACAGAAAAGAUGUAACUGAGAGAUGUCGUAAACUUGUAAUCAUGUCUUAACCAAGUAAAUAAUUUGUAUAUACAGAGUCUUUUAGCUUAAUUUACCCAAAAGUUACUAGCAAUAAACACAGCCAGAGUUUUAAGUCGCAUCCUUUGAGAAAUAAUAUUCU